AUGCAAACAGUUAUUUGUAAAAAAGUUUGUAGUUUAGUAGUUUCAUCCUUCUUUAAAAGGUUUCACAGUUUUAAAAGCAUUAAAAUGCAAGUGUUUACUCAGAAGCGCAAUCCCCUCACUGGUGGUACAGAAUGGGAUGUUCAACACGAUGAUUACGAUUAUCACCAAGAAAUAGCGAGGUCGGCUUUUGCAGAUAUGCUUCACGAUACUGAAAGAAAUAAAAAGUAUUAUAGAGCAUUACAACUUGCUAUAGAGAAGAUGCACAAUGAUGGAAAAAAGGCGAAUGUGUUAGAUAUAGGAACUGGUACUGGGCUCCUCUCAAUAAUGGCAGCAAAAUGUGGUGCAGAUACUAUCACAGCCUGUGAAGCAUUUAAACCAAUGGCAGAGUGUUGCCUUAAGAUAUUAGAAAGAAAUGGAGUUUCACAUAAAAUUAAAGUAAUACCUAAAAGAUCUACUGACCUAACAGUAGGUGAAGACGGUGAUAUGAAUCAAAAGGCGAAUAUAUUGGUCACAGAAGUUUUUGACACUGAAUUAAUUGGUGAAGGAGCUCUAUCGACAUUUGACCAUGCACAUAAAAAUCUAUUAGAAGAGGAUUGUAUUGUGGUACCAGACUCUGCUGUGAUAUAUGCUCAAGUGGUUGAGUGCCCAACACUUCAGAAGUGGAAUAAACUGAAUGAUAUAGCAGAUGAUGAUUUAGAGAUUAUGCUGAGAGCUCCAAGUAAG